AUGGAGGAGCCAUUUAAGAUCCCCCUGGGCAGCAGUAUCUCACAUCUUGGCAAAGAUGAUUUCCUGGAGGCAGCUGGAUUCUUGGCUAUGGAAGGCCUGGCCGGCAACGGUCCUCUGGGGGGCCUCUGUGGCCACGGGAGUCUUGUUGGCAUGAAUGAAGUUUUAAAGAGCUGGAUUCCUCUUGGGAAACUAAACUGGAUGCUAAGUUCCCUCAGUGUUGCCAAGCUGAACGUGACCAUCAACGUGCUCUUAACACUGCACCAGAACAGUUACGGCCACGUCCUGUUCCUCCCGAAUAGCUGCCAGUCUGUCUGCACUGACAUCCAUCUGUGUCCAAUGGUCGAAUUCUGGUUCCGCAUCAUCAAUCAGGACAUGAACAAGCUGAAAUCUGUCCAAGAUAAACUGAAGACUGACCUGAAGGACACUCCGGAUUCCAGCGUUUCACAACAGGCCAAACAGACCGGCGAGAAAGUUGGAUUGAAACUCACAAAUGCUGAUAUCCUGGAUGUUAAACUUGAACUGACUCCCGAGGGCGAUGGCCUUAACCUGAGGGUCCCUAUCACAGCCAAUGUCAACCUGAAACUGCCUGGCACUGACGAGUUGGUCAACCUGAAGGCUUCGUUGGACGUCCUGAAAGGUGUCAAAAUUGAAAAGGAUGCCCAGACUGGCCUGCCUAAGGUGGUUCCAGGAAAAUGUGCCGUCGACCCAGUCAGCAUCCAGCUGCACCUGUUGGGCAGGAAGAGCCUUUUGAUCAACACACUUUUGGACAGUGUAUCCGGAUUGGUGGGAAAGACUCUGUCAGGCCUGGUAGAGAAGCUGGUGUGCCCAUUGUUGAGCUUCCUCACCCAGAACAUGAGUGUGGACUUUGUGCUGGACACCAUUGCUGACCAAGACAAACUGAAGCCUGACCCGAAGGCCAGCCAGGAUGCCAGCGUUUUACAACAGGAUACACAGGCGUUCCCACAAACUGGGAACUUGUUGGAGAAUGGCAUUUAUGACUUACUUCCACCUGAAGCCCGAGCUUUGGGUUUGACAAUCAGCAAUCUUCGGAUCCUGAGUCCCAAAUAUGAACUGUCUCCUGAUGGCCAAAGCCUUAACAUGAGGACCCCCAUCACAGCCGAUGUCAACCUGAAAUUGCCUGUCAUUGGCCAGUUGGUCAACCUGAAGGCUUCGUUGGACCUCAUGAGAGGUGUCAGAAUUAGAAAGGAUGCCCAGACUGGCCAGCUCACAGUGGUCCCGGGAAAGUGCUCCGUCAAUCCAGUCAGCAUCCAGCUGAACCUACUGGGCAGGAAAAUCAGUUUGAUCAACACACUUUUGGACGGUGUAACCGGCUUGGUGGACAAGGCUCUGUCCUUGGUGGUAGAGAAGCUGGUGUGCCCAACGUUGAGCUCCAUCAUCCAGAAACUGAAUGUGGAUUUCGUGCAGGACACCAUCGACUGCUCUCAUUGCUGUGCCCCCCAGAGGGUCUCCCUCUCAGAAGAUGCUGCCACACCUGACAGGAACAAAAGCCCGAGCCCAGCCAGGAGGACCCUAUUGAAACUCAAAAAUGCUGAUAUCCUCGAUAUUAAACUUGAACUGACUCCCGAGGGUGAUGGCCUUAACCUGAGGGUACCUAUCACAGCCAAUGUCAACCUGAAACUGCCUGACAGUGACGAGCUGGUCAACCUGAAGUUUUCGUUGGACGUCCUGAAAGGUGUCAAAAUUGAAAAGGAUGCCGAGACUGGCCUGUCCAAAGUGGUUCCAGGAAAAUGUGCCGUCGACCCAGUCAGCAUCCAGCUGCACCUGCUGGGCAGGAAAAGCCGUUUGGUCAACACACUUUUGGACGGUGUAACUGGAUUGGUGGGAAAAACUCUGGCAGGCCUGGUAGAGAAGCUGGUGUGCCCAUUGUUGAGCUUCCUCACCCACAACAUGAGUGUGGACUUCGUGCAGGACACCAUUGCUGACCAAGAGAAUCUGGAGCCUGACCUGAAGGCCAGCCAGGAUGCCAGCAUUUUACAGAAGGUCAAGCAGAGGGUUCUGCAAAUUAAGAACUUGGAGAAUGUGGAUUUACAUUUACUUUCACCUGAAGUCCUAACUUUGGGGCCUGUCAUUGGCCAGUUGGUCAACCUGACGUCUUCAUUAGACAUCCUGAGCAGUGUGAGAAUUAUAGAGGAUGAUGAGCCUUACCAAAACUCGGUGGUCAUGGAACAAUGCACCGUCGACCCAGACAGUGUCCAGCUGAAACUACUGAGCAGGGAGGCCGAGGACAAGCAGUUUGACCAGCACAUUUGUGGACCGUGGACCCGGGUUGGUGAAAAGGGCUCUGUCCAGCGUGGCAGCAAGUACCGUGAGUCCGGCAUCCCUGGGGCCCGGGUCUGGCCCGUGUGCCAACUGUUGAACCUGUGUCUCUAUAGCCAAAGUGAGAUCAUAGGAAAGAUCAUUGAUGAUACAGUGACCCCUGAUGCUGACCCCUGGCUCCAGCGUGGGAACAUCACACCCAUACUUCAGAGGAUGCCCACACUCCCUACUGAUGAUGAGGAACCGAAGGCUUAA